AUGUCGAGCAAAUUCCUGAACGAGAAAAAGAAAAAGCUGCAGGCGUUCAGGAACACGACCAACGCCAACGAUUCGGUGGCCAAGACGUACUUGGAAAAGUUCGGCUGGGACCUGAUGCGAGCCGUCGACGAGUUCUAUGCUACUGGGGGCGAGAGUCUCAAACCUGUACGAAAGUCGACAGUCUCCAUGGAAGCGGUGAAUGCGUGGUUCGAUCGUUACGUUGACCCUGACGAUGACGAGGAUGUGAUCAACGAGGAGGGCCUUCUCAAGUUUUGCGAGGACAUCGGUGUGGACCCGCAGGACAUCGUGGUGCUGGUGAUUGCGUGGAAAAUGCAGGCGGGCUACAUGUGUGCCUUCACACGGAAAGAGUGGCAGAAGGGCAUGCGCGAGAUGGACUGUGACUCUGUUGCUAAGCUAAAGGCCAAGCUUCCUCAGCUGCGCGAGGCCAUCGCAAGCGAGUCGAAGUUCAGAAAGUUCUACGGUUUCUGCUUCGGCUUCUCGAAAGAGCCGGGACAGAAGAGUCUCAGUAUCGACAUUGCUGUGGCCAUGUGGGACUUGCUGCUACGACCGCGUUUUGAGAAACUGACAGCGAGUUGGCUGAGCUUUCUAGGGGCGAAGAAGCCGGUGAAGGGCGUGACACGCGACACGUGGGAUCUCCUUUUUGACUUUUUUGUCAAAGUGCGGGAGUCGUACGCAAACUACGACGAAAGUGAGGCGUGGCCUGUGCUCAUCGACGACUACAUGGUCUGGAUAGACAGCAGCAAGCAGUAA